UUUAAUCCAUUUAAGCUAUUAUGAGUAACUAAGAUAAAUUUGAUAAUAUAAGUUUUUUUUUUCAUAAAAUGGAAUAUAUUUAACCGCAAUGAUUAUUUAUAAAGAAAAAAAUGAUUUUAAUAAUAUUAAUAAAUGUUUUCAGGAAAUAUUAUCCUACACUGAAUUUAUUUUAAAUAUUAAAUAAUAUGAAAAUGAAGAUCUUUAUCAUGAAAUAUUAUACGGAACAUCUGGAUAUUUGUAUAAUUUAUUAUAUAUAUAAUAAAAUCUAAAAGAAAGUUUAACUCAUGAGCAAUCUUAAUAAUUGGAAAGAUAUAUAUGCUAAAUAUUUGAUUUAAUAAUAAGAAAUGGCAAUAAAUAACAAUCUCCUAAAUAAUAAAAUGAGUAUAGGCUUAUUUACAAGUUUCAUGAUUCAGAAUAUUUGGGAGGAGCUCACGGUUUAUUUGGAAUAUUAUAUAUAUUAAUGGUUGCUUUAAAAAAUAAUUAAUAAAAAUUAAAUUAUGCUAGCGAUUAUAUUAAAAAAUCUUUUGUAUAUUGUUUAUAGUUUCAGAGAUAAGAUGGAAAUUUUCAUUCUCAUAUGCGUUUUUCAACUAAUGAGCCUUUAGUUUAAUUUUGUCAUGGUUCUCCAGGAGCUAUUUUACCUUUAUUACUUGGAGAUUAACUGUUUCCAGAAUAAGGCUUAAAAUAAAGAGCUAUAUUAGCUGGAUAAAAUAUAUGGAGUCAAGGAAUUAAUAAAAAAGGAUAUGGGUUGUGCCAUGGAAUAUCUGGAAACGGUUAUGCAUUUUUAGCUUUGUUUAAGAAUACUUAAGAUUUACAAUGGCUUUAUUAUGCUCAUAAAUUUGUUUAAAUUUAAGAAAAUCAAGACAUUAUGAAUAUAAUAAAUAAUUAUGAAUUUAAAGGAAGAUAUGUAAAAGGAAUAUCAGAUUAUCCUUUUAGUUAUAUGAUUGGACUUGCAGGAGAUAUUUGUUUUAAUUGUGAUACUCUAUAAGAAUAAGUAUCUUAAUUUUAUGGAUAUGAAAU